AUGGAAUUUUACUCAAAUGCAACAACGGCUCAUCAAAUUAGUAACCUAAACGAGUCUUCUUCCUUAUAUGGAGCGGAAAUUCAAGAUGAAAUGCAAACUUCUGGAGGCAAUUUUGGAAAUGCAGUACAAUCAUGUCGAUUAGAAGAACCAAGCUACUUGGAUAGUGGCAAAAGUGGCAGAAGAUUUCGUGGACCAGAGCCUUACAGAAGCACAGCUACGAACCAAACGUCAUGUUCAAGUUCUACUAAUAGUAAUCCCUGGGAAGUCACGUUAAACCCGAGGGAUAUUCAAAAUGGGAUGCAACCGUAUGCAGUGGACUUACGUUUACCAGUAAACAAUUUAGUUCAGUCUCUUCCAAAUGAUUCUACGGAAAUUAAUUCAUACAACCCCAUAGCUGAUCCAAGGGAAACGAAUCUUACGGGUAUCCCAUCUUACGAUGUGGACAUCACCAUACGGUCACCUGUUAGCCAUUCCUUUCAUUCUCAUCCAACAACCUCUACCAAUAUGAUUCCCGAUCGCCAUUCAGUCGAUCCGAGGGGAACGAAUCCCAAGGGUAUUCCAACUAACGCUAUGGACUUCUCUGGGGAUAGAAAUCCCUACUAUCAUUUGGGUAAUCCUAGGGAGAAAGAUCCAAAUGGAAUGAUGUCUUCUCAUACGACUUAUGAAAAAGGGAAAAAGGAUCGGAACGGCAUUCAAUCUGGUGAAACGGAAAGUCCCGAGGUGACACAUACUACCAGGGCUGAUCUCAAACGAAUAAAUUACGAUGUUGAGGAAAGAAAUUUUCAUCAGGUGACACACAGAGAAAACUCGCAGUUCACUCAGCCGAUACUGAGCUAUCCACUUAAUCAGACAUGCAGCCAAGCUGGUACUUCGUCUCAAAAAACUAUUAGGUUGCAAGGAGGGGCGCCAUUCUACCACGCUACGUUCCAAGGAGAAUUAGCCAGCCAGGUGUACGAGAAAGGCAGUGAAGGAGGGAGCAAUUUCAUUUACCAAACAAGCUCCGAUGGAAGGAUUCGAUCCAAGGAUCUUCCCUUUAAUUCUCAACAAACGACUGUCAAUGAGAGAGGAUUCACCAGGACUUGCCCUCGUUGUCACUGCGUUGUAGCGAGCCAACCACAAACGACGUCUCCUCCAACAACCCCUGGCAUACAAAACACACGAACAUCGGUCAUCAUGCUUCCUCAAAAGAGAGAGGUCGAGGAGACAAAGAAAACAUCCAACCAUUUUGCAGUAGGAAAUCAGAAAUGGCCUCUGGAAAACGAAUCUGAUCUUUCUGAAGAAGACAAAGAUGAUGAGGACUUACAAGAAACGUUCUUUCGAGUGAACAUAGACGGCACGACUGCGAGAUUCAAGCUGACAGAGGAAGAUUGGGCCAAGAUGCCAAUUAAGUCAUUUCCAAGCGGUGGCCGUCUACUGAGCGGAGACUGGACCCGCAUUUUCCUUAACAAAGUGAAGGAAAGCAACCCAUGGUGCAGUUUGCGUUUCAAGAAUAAUCACGUGAGAUCGGAAAACUCGCGUAAGAUGCACUCGUCCGUGUUUUUCAGGGGAGGGGCUGAGUGCAAGUAUCCAGAGUGCAGCGUUAAAUUGAGAUUCGUGAUUAAGAAGGAUUACGGGCGGCGUGUGGAUGUGACCUACAUCGGUAACGUCUGCCACGCUAGCUAUACCUAGCCAUGAGAUGUAAGACUAACAUCCGAGGAAACACGUUUUCUGCAUCCAUGUUCUCAUCUUAGGAUUAACAAAAAUUACUCAAUUCGAGUGAAGCACUUAUAUACUUCAAUUUGUGACAAAACUCUUGGCACGCUCUAGUACUUUUUUUAACUUUUUAUAUCUCUCAUUUAUCUCUCCCUCUCUCCCAUCUCAAUGUUGCCUGGUGCGUGAGAAAACGCCCCGGUAUAACCAAGUUAUGAUUAGUUUAGAGAUCAGCCUUCUUAUCAAACGACAAGAAGACGUGAAUUUUGUAAUUCAAGCACUCAGUGCAAGUGAAUGAAAAACGGUACUUCACGUGAUACAGUCGAACAUGUAUUCAGCGUUCACCCGCGAGGAGUGAUGGGGCGACCGCUAAAUUCAGGUUGAACGCUUAAUACAGGUUUCACAGAAUUGGGUUGUUUGAAAAAAAAGAAACGUCUUUUCAUUCCAUAAUUAACCACUUAAUGUACAAACACUCGCUCAAACUUACUACUAACAUUGAAUUUCGGGAGAUAAACACGGAAUAUAUUGACCUGAGAUAUUAUUCUUAGUUUUAUUUGUGUGGUUCCACUCUAAGUGACCGUUCAAUUCAGGUGGAAAACAAUACAAAUAAGCCGUUGGGUCUCAGUUAAGGGUAACCACGACCGCAUAAUGAUAAAGUUAAUUAAGUAGAAAAGUUCGGGACUAUUACAACCGAACCGAUAAAUACAUGGUGAACGCUUAAUACGGUGCCGCUUAAUGCAGGUUCGACCAUACUCUCAAUACUUAAAGUACUGAGGCUUCGAAUCUGUACUAUUCCCUCGCAGUUUACACACCUUACAUCAAGCAUUUACAUUUAGAUAUUGUGAAAAG